CAGCAUCAUGGCGUUUGAGGGUGGGGGGCGGAGCUGUGGUGUUCAUGAACUCAUCUGUGCUAGAAGAGCAGCAAGCUUUCAGUGGAGAGCCCGAGAAGUGAUCUGCCACGUUUUGAAAGUUUUGACAAGAGCUUGCAAGUCAAUUAGCAGAAGCACACCAAAGACACAAAGCAAUGGCUUUUUUCAAGAGCUUCCAACAGAACCUCCCUUCUGUCAGUUCCCUCCUGGACUCCGUCUCAAACACCGUCUCGACUGCUGUGGAUGAUCUGUCCACUGCGGUCAGUGAUGUCACAUACACUGUCAGUGACCAACUAACAGAGCAGGUCAAUACAAUUAUCAACAAAGUACAGACAGAAGAGGAUGGAAAAUCCGGUAAGGAUGCUGAAGGCUCUUCGGAUGAUGUCCAAAAGGAUAGGAAGCUAAAACGGCAGGAUACGGAAGCAGAUGCUGAUGGUGAAAGUCGGAGAAGCCGAAAAUCAAAAAAGAACUCCAUGUGGACUAUUGAAGUAGAUGAAGCGGAAAUCCAGAGAGAGAAAGAAAGACAGGAGGAAGCAAGGAGAGCUGAGGAGGAGGAGUGGGAGUGGUGUUAUGCACCCUCCAAAGGUUGGUAUCGUAAAAGGAAAGACCCAAACCAGCCAUCUCAGACCUCAGACAACCAAACAAGCAACACUGAGCAAGAAUCAAAAGAGGUAGGGACUUUAGAAGAGAGUACCUCUUUGUCAGGCAAACACAAGAAAGAAGGUGACCACCACAAGGAAAACGCUAACGGAGUGCACACAAGUAAUAGUCAGGAAGAGCAGGAUUCUCAGGAAAUGUCUGGUGAUCCUGACACAUCUACAUCCAAUAUUGACAGAAAUGGAGAGAACUGUAGUGAAAAAAUUGAAGAAGAUGAAGACGAGGUGUCACAUGAAGAAGGUAAAACACAAAAGAAGAAAGGUAAAGUUUUUAGUGAUGAAGAACAGGAGGAAGCCGUUCAGGAUUCAAAGAAUUCAAAGGCAAAAUCAAAGGCAAAAAAGAAUAAAGAAUGUAAAGAUGGGGGCUGUGCAGAAAAAGGAUCAGAAAGUGAAGAUGAAACACAGAAAAAACACAAAGACUCUCAUCAGCAGAGGAGUGGAUGGAGAAACAGGGAUGAAGAGAAUGAAGAUUGCAGCAGUGAGGCCUCGGCUGAGCUGGUUAAAAGAAAAAAAGGUUCAAGUUCUUUGAAUGAACUUCAGCCUCCGCCAUAUCGGGACAAAGAUGAUGUAAAGCGUGGUUCAAGGGGCCGCAGUGACUCUGCAGAGGGUAGUGGAAGUGAGAUCAGUGAGGGGACUGAAGACCCUGAGGACACAGAGAGUUACCUGAAUAAGGGCUAUGAAGAGGACGCACCCAGCGACAGCACUGCUGUUUUGGGCCCGGAGGAUAGCUUAAUCCCACCCCUUCCAGAAUCAUACGAACCAGAGGCACUGGGGAAAUACGGCACAUUGGAUGUGGCAUUCGAAUAUGACCCUGGCGAGCAACGGCUUGCGGUGACGGUGACUGCUGCCACAGAUAUUCCAACACUUAAAAGCACAGGGAACAUUUCCUGGCAGGUCCACCUGGUUCUACUGCCCACCAAGAAGCAGAGGGCCAAGACAGGAGUUCAAAAGGGCCCCUGUCCUGUUUUUACAGAAACAUUCCGGUUCUCAUGUGUAGAGGAGGAUGCACUGGGGGAUUAUGCUGUCCGGUUCCGUCUCUACAGUGUGCGGCGCAUGAAGAAAGAGAAGGUCCUUGGGGAGAAGGUGUUCUAUUUAACCAAACUCAAUCUGCAGGGCAAGCUUGCACUGCCCGUCACGCUGGAGCCAGGCACAUCAGUUCCUGGCUGCGGAUCAGUGGUGAGUGUCUCUCGUAGUGCAGGAGCUCUAUCCUGCCGCUCCACUGGUGAAUCCUCCAUUCCGGAGCUUCUGCUGGGUCUCCUCUACAACUCCACCACAGGAAGACUGUCCGCCGAGGUUAUUAAAGGCAGCCAUUUUAAAAACUCUGCCUCUGAUAAACUGCCCAACACUUAUGUGAAGCUUACAAUGCUGGACUCCAAAGGGAAGGAGAUGUCUAAAUGUAAGACCUCUGUCUGCCGUGGCCAGCCCAACCCAACCUACAAAGAGACAUUUGUCUUCCAGGUGGCACUUUUUCAGCUAUCUGAGGUCACCCUCCAGGUAUCUGUGUACAGUCGCCGGAGUAGCAUGAAGAGGAGAGAGCGGGUAGGUUGGGUCGCUCUGGGCCUCAACAGCACCACAGAGGAGCAAGAGGAGCACUGGACUCAAAUGAAGGAGUCAGAGGGUCAGCAAGUCUGCCAUUGGCACACACUCAUCGAUUCCUAGGGGAAGCAGUUUAAAAAUGUGGUUUUACAAAUUUGAGUAAGAGUUACUGCUAAGUUUCAAGGUGUGUCCUAAUUUACUGACUCAUGUCACUCCAGAGUCAUUUGAAAUUUAGAGUGGCAUGAGGGUGAGUAAAUGGCUAUUGGCUAUUCUAAAACUGGGUUUAAAGUUAGUCUCUGUACUGAAAUUUGGGCAGGUAAGGGCAAAACAAAUCCCUUGUUCACUCUCAAUACUGCGGCCAUAAAUUUGCUUAGCACUUUUAAAACAAUAAGGAUUGUAGUAUAUAAUUAAAUAUGGGUGUUGAAAUGUUGACAAACUAAAAUCUUACAUCUAAUUAGUGUGGGGAAAUGUUAGCGUUAUGUGUUCCAACCCUCAAAGCCCCAGAGUUUGUUUCAUUCUGAAGGGCUCAUCCCUUAUGCCAGGGGUCAGGGGCAGUGUCAGGCAGGGUUUAGCUUCAAGCCCAGUCAAAAACCAUUCAUUAAUUUUUCUUCGGCUUAGUCCCUUUAUUCACCAGGGGGACCAAAGCGGAAUGAAC